CUGAAUGCCUUUAUUACACCCCCUCCCCUUUCUCUCUCACAAACACAGCCUCACCAACCCUAGAUUCUCCUAAACCCUAUCAGAGCCACCAUCACCAUCUCCCCUUUCUUUCAUUCUGCUCUUCUCCUCGCGUCGCCAGAAGCUAAGGUCGGUUCGGGGCUGUUGUUGGCGUCGCCGUUUCCCUGUUCGAGCUCUCUCUGUCACGGCUUUUCUGCUCCUUCACCGUUGGUCGUCACCGCUUCUCCCCUCCUUGCCGUGCGUCGUCGCUUCUUCUCCCCUCCUUGCCGUGCGUCGUUUCUGGUUCUCCCAUCCUCACCGUUUUUGGCUGUGGCCCCUUCUCUGCUCCCCGCCAAUCUUGUCGUCGCUGCUUCUCUGCUCCGCACCGUGUCUCACCGUCGUUGCUUCUCUGUUUCACGUUACUGAAGUUCCCAAUUUGAAUUUCUCUGUCUCUCUGCUCUCUGGCUCUAUGCUAUCUUUUCCUCUCCUUUGCUGCCAAUCCAGAUAACGUGGCGUGGAAUUGUUGCAAUCUCUGAUAGUUGUCCUCGUCAAUGCCUGAAAUACAGAUGGAUGAACCCAUGGAAAGUGGUGAGAGGCCAGUCUUCAAAGAUAUUAGACGCUACUUCUGUGAAUACUGUGGCAUUUGCAGGUCUAAAAAGAUCUUAAUUACCUCCCACAUCAAUUCACAACACAAGGACGAGUUGGAAAAAGCUAGAGCUGAAGGAAAUAAUGAAGCACAUUGCGAAAAGCCCAACAACACUUGCCAACAAUGUGGUGCUAGCUUCAAAAAACCUGCCUACUUGUUGCAGCACAUGCAAAGCCAUUCACUUGAGAGGCCGUAUGUGUGUACGGUUGAUGAUUGUCAGGCAAGUUACAGAAGAAAGGACCAUUUGACUCGUCACCUUCUACAGCAUGAAGGGAAAACUUUUAAAUGUCCAAUGGAGAAUUGCAACCUAAUUUUCUCAAUAAAAGGUAAUAUGGCAAGACAUGUUAAAGAGAUUCAUGAUGAAGGAUCUACAUCCACAAAUGUAGAAAGUAAGCAGUUUGUGUGCCCAGAAAUUGGCUGUGGAAAGGUUUUCAAGUUUGCGUCAAAGCUUCGUAAACAUGAAGAUUCUCAUGUUAAGCUGCAGUCGGUAGAUGUAGUGUGCUUGGAGCCUGGUUGCAUGAAACAUUUCACUAAUAACCAGUGCCUUAAAGAACAUAUUGAAUCCUGUCAUCAAUAUGUAACCUGCGACACUUGUGGAAGUAGACAACUGAAAAAGAAUAUUAAAAGGCACCUUUGCACACAUGAAGCUGACAAAUCAUUGGCAGAGUUUAAAUGUGAAUUUAAGGGCUGUAGCUGCAAAUUCUCAAGUAAAUCUAAUCUCGUUACACAUAAGAAGGCCGUGCACUUUAAAGAAAAGCCCUUUGUAUGUGGUUUUCCUGAUUGUGGCCUGAGAUUUGCUUACAAACAUGUCAGAGAUAAACACGAAAAAACUGGGAAACAUGUUUUUACCCAUGGGGAUUUUGAAGAAGCUGAUGAACAAUUCAGGUCAAGGCCAAGGGGUGGGAGGAAGAGAGUGUGUCCUACAGUAGAAAUGUUGGUCAGGAAAAGGGUUACACCACCUAGUCAAUUGGAGAAUUUGUUAUUUAUGCAAGAGUGACCAGAUGAACUGUCCCUGACAUUAAGUAUAUAUGUAAGGUAGAUUUAAGCAUCUUUCCAUGAGUGUGGUAAAUGAAGGAUUAGUUUUAGCAUAAUGAUUAGUGUUCACUACAUCUUACAUAUGUUGUGUAAAAGUAUGAAGAGUGGCAUGUGUAUUAUAGUGUAAUCAAUGACAAUAUUGUGAAUGGUAUAUCACUAUAUCUUCAUGAUCCUAUCAAUCAUGUUUGUCAGUGUA